AUGUUGAGUGACUUUCAACAAGCUCAGAGCAAGCAAGGAAGUGGCCAGAGGUUUGGGACUCAAGGCAGUAGGAUUACCCAUUGGAAACCACCUGUUGGGGAAACAGUCAAUGUCAACUGGGAUGCAGCUCUGAAGAUUGAUGAGAACAGAUGUGGGAUUGGGGUGAUUAUCAGGGAUAAUUGUGGAGAAGUGUUAGUUACUUUGUACUGUCCAAAGCUAAAUGUUGCAGAUCCUGUUAUGGCAGAAAUCUAUGCCCUUUGGAGGGCUAUGAAGUUGUGUAAUGAAUUAAAUUUCGAAAGGGUGCAGUUAGAAGGGGAUGCCUUAACUGUGAUUCAAGCUAUCAAAAAGGCAGAAGCCUUGUAG